AUGGACAAACAGAAUCGGCGGGUUGCAGGUAGAGAUGAUGCAAAUAUUCGAGUCAAAAUUUUCGGAGUUAGAACAGAAGUUGGUUUUCUUCUAUAUUGAUAUUACAGAUAAAAUCCAUUGUUUUUUUAUAGUUAUGGAUAUUAUUCUUCGCUUUCAAUGAAUUAAUAAUUGGAAUAACUACUUUAGUAUUUUAUAAAUUUGUGUGAGUUUCUAUCAACAAAUAAUCUUUUUCAUAGUUCUUGAUGUUUCAGAUCAACUGACAAUCAACCAAGUGAGAGUGGCUUUAGUAGUGUAAGAAACAUCUAUCCUAAAAAGUAUCCUGAAAUGUUUUCUCCUUUUUUUAAAGAUAUUAUGGGUUUUGCUGUAUCUACUUGCUGUUGCUUGUCAAUCAAAAACAAUGUUCACAUUUAUAUCGAUUUUUUCGAUUUCCAAUGCGCUUUGGGAUUUUGUUCUUUUCUAUGUCCGAUUAGUUAUUGUUCUUGAGCCAAAACAAAGCUAUCAGCUAGGUUUGUCCUCUUCUAUUCAAAUGCUCUAGAUCAAAUUCAACUUUCAGAUAACAUAAUUUUAUUCCUAUUUUCAUGGAUCAAAGUGUUCACUUCAUUUUUUGAAACAUUUGUUAUUCUCAAACUUGGUUGGUGUAUUCCAGAUAAGGAAGAUGACCGGAGAAAAAUUAUCAAGAAAAUAUUGAGAGAAACUGGUCCGAUUUGUGAGAAUUGUACAUUGGAUGAUGAUCAACAAAUACUUGAAAAUGUUAAAGAAAGUAUGGAACAAUUAAGGAUAUCACUGAUUUCAGAAAAAGACGAAUCUUCACUGACAUCAGUUAUUGAAAGUUCAUAA